AUGGCCGAUGAAAAGAGACAAAAUCCGUUCGAGCGUUUGGGAUACACUGAUGAAGGGGAGGUAGCAGACCACCCUCCAGUAUACACAUACACUGCCGAGCCCUCUACGCAACCAAGCCGGUCACCACCUAUACAAGAAACCCCAGCAUACACAGCAGGACCCUCGACACAACCAAGCAGAUCACUACCAGUUCAAGAACCCCCUUUUCAAAUAAGCCACAAACCAAUCGCAAUUCCAGCCCUCACCUCCUCCUCUGAUUCUCCAUUCAUUCGAGCAUAUCCACCCAUCCUAAAAAACCACCAACUCCCCAAGGAAUCCUUCCUUGCCUUCCUCGACCAACUGAACAAAGACAUAGCCGCCAGUCCACCCCUCCAGGUUCUAGAUGUCACGGGCGGAAUCUUGAAGUCCGUCCCAAUCUUAUUCCCACUACAUUGGAUUGGGAAUGCUGUCAGCGGACUCGCAAAUCUGAGUAGCCAAGGCAUGUCCAAAAGCCGUACGGACUCAUCCAUCAAGCAAGCUAAUCGGGACAUCUUCGGUCCACGCGGCUUGAGAGUUGAAAUUGCAAAACUGGAUGCGUUGGCACAUGUCGCUCAGUUCCCUAUGUUGGAUUCUCAGGGCAAGAUCAAUCAGCAGGCGCCUCUGUUUUUACAACUCCAGUACGAGGCGUCCAUGGCCAGCACUGCCGCAAAUGAAAGGCAGCAGCAGGAAAUUGAUUUGCAGCAGAGGAUUAAGACUUUACAGCCCUGGAUUGCUGAACUUGAAUUUGAGGUGUUGCCUUGGUCUUCCAAGUCUAAGUUGACGCGGCUCAACGCCUCGUUGAAGAAGUAUAAUGAGCCGAGGGACGAGGAGAGGAGAGGCAUGGGUUUCCGAGACCGGGAGAGUAGAGGCAUGCACAGGAAAGGCGAUGUUUACAGUCAAGAGGCCAAGCAGGAAGAAGCUCCUUUCAAGAAGGCCUUGUGGCUUGUCAUUCGGGAGGUUGAGAUAGAUGAAAGGCGUUAA